UUUAAAAGAGAAACUGGAGGAAUAUAUGGCUCGUUUUGACAAAGUGAGAAUUGUGCGCACCAAAAAGCGGGAAGGACUUAUUCGCACCAGACUACUUGGAGCUUCAAUAGCUAAAGGAGAAGUAUUGACCUUUUUAGAUUCACACUGUGAAGUUAAUGUGAACUGGCUACCUCCUUUAUUAAACCAGAUUGCACUGAACCAUAAAACUAUUGUGUGUCCCAUGAUCGAUGUCAUUGACCACAAUCACUUUGGGUAUGAGGCACAAGCAGGGGACGCCAUGCGUGGAGCCUUUGACUGGGAGAUGUACUACAAAAGAAUACCAAUUCCACCCGAACUCCAGAGGCUUGACCCCAGUGACCCUUUUGAAUCUCCUGUUAUGGCUGGUGGCCUGUUUGCUGUUAACAGAAAGUGGUUUUGGGAUCUUGGUGGCUAUGACCCUGGAUUAGAAAUCUGGGGAGGGGAACAGUAUGAAAUAUCCUUCAAGGUCUGGAUGUGUGGAGGUGGCAUGUUUGAUGUUCCAUGUUCUAGAGUUGGGCACAUCUACAGGAAAUAUGUUCCCUAUAAAGUCCCAUCUGGCACCAGUUUAGCAAGGAACCUGAAGCGUGUGGCCGAAACAUGGAUGGAUGAGUUUGCUGAAUAUGUUUAUCAGAGACGGCCUGAAUACAGGCAUCUCUCCACUGGUGAUAUUUCAGCCCAGAAGGAGCUGCGCAAGCACCUCAAGUGCAAGGACUUCAAGUGGUUCAUGGCUACAGUGGCUUGGGAUGUUCCCAAAUAUUUUCCACCAGUGGAGCCACCACCGGCUUCAUGGGGAGAGAUUCGAAAUGUGGUGGCCAAUCUCUGUAUGGAUAGUAAGCAUGGUGGAACAGGCACUGAACUCAGACUGGAUAUAUGUGUGAAGGAUGGGUCUGAACGGACGUGGUCACAUGAGCAGCUGUUCACCUUUGGUUGGAGAGAAGACAUCCGUCCAGGAGAACCUCUUCACACCAGAAAAUUCUGCUUCGAUGCGAUUUCACACAGUAGUCCUGUCACACUUUAUGACUGUCAUGGUAUGAAAGGCAACCAGCACUGGAGCUAUAGGAAGGACAAAACUUUAUUCCAUCCUGUGAGUGGCAGCUGCAUUGAUUGCAACCCAGCAGAGAAGAAGAUUUUCAUGAACAGAUGUGAUCCUUUAUCGGAAACUCAACAGUGGAUUUUUGAGCAUAUUAAUAUGACUCUUAUAGAAAAAAUUAUCAGCAAAAAACCCAGCUCUUAGGAAGGAACAAAAAACAAACUGUUCUGUACAGAUUGAAAACAACAUUUUGGCCAGCAUCUGGAUUAGAGGAAUCAGAAAUUAAGUUUUCCUAGAGGCAGGACAUCUGUUCUGAAGAUUAAGCAAAUGCCAGGGCAGAAGCCAGCCACAUAUCACUGCAGAUGGACAAUAACUGAAGAACUUGGCUAAGAACAUUAGCAGCUGCUGUUGAGGCUUAAGCUCUGCUGACAAUUCCCUUGCUGGUCAAGGGAGAACUUUAUUUAAAAAAAAUGAAAUUAUUCAAAUGCUCAGUGUUAAUAAAAUUAAGCAAGAGUUUUAGAGUUUCUCAGGUCAAACCCUGCUAUAGUGAGUAGGUACAAUUAGUUGUUGUGAUUUAUGGGUAACUAAUGGAGUGCAUGACUGCUAUGGGGGAUAUUCAAAUGAUACAGGCAUAGAACUAGCAACAUGUAUGGGAUGUUGCCAGUGUCCCAGAACUGUGAAUGAGAUAUAUGUUCUAAUGCCAUUUCAUUCCCUUGGCAAAAGUCUGAGUCAAGAGUUUAUCUAAAUAAAGGGUCACAGCAGAGAAUAUUGACAGCCUCCCUGUUACGUUCUUUUCAGUGUUAAAUAGGGAAUGGAUUUUUUUUUAAGUAAUUUUAGAGUUGCAUCUUUGAAUGAAGCAUGAAAAUGACUGUAAGGUGUGGAGCUCACAUUUCUCUUUUGCAGUUUAACAAACAGUAAUUUCCAUCAAACCAAUUAAAUAAAAUGUCCAUCAUUUUAAACAGUGUUACUGAACAAUCACCUGCAGUCAUUAAUAUCUAAAUCAUCAUUCAUAAGAUAAAUCAAACCAUACGUGGACCCAUUCUUCUUUUUCAUCAUCAUCAUCAUCAUCAUCAUCAUCAUCAUCAUCAACAGGAGAAUCUUUUACUUACAUCAGCAGCAUGUUGCAAGUUUGCAGAAAGAAUUUCCUCUUGGAAG